UGUAAGCCACACCUUUGAAACGUUUGUGUGAAACAACGGAAGCUGUUCCUCUUUAUUGUGUUUAAAAAAUAUUUUUCAUUGCAUCAUAAUAAAGCAUCAAAAUGGUUUUUUCCAUCAAAAUGAAUUUUUCCAAAGUGUUGAAUUUAGUUAAUCACAGUCACAAUAAUAAUAGUAAUAAUAAUCAAAGCCAUAGCCAUAAUCAGGGUAAUAGUAGCUCCAGCAGUUUGAGCACAAAUAAUCAUAGUAGUAGAAAUGAAAAUGUGAUCAGUGGACGUAAUUAUCAAAGGAGAUCAACUCGCCAUAGUCGUUAUCUUUCGAGAAAUCAACUCCAUUCUGCAGCUGCCAAUGUAUCUAUUUCACCUCCACCACCACCACCACCAUCUAGUAACCUUCAUCCAGUUAAUUUGCCACCCACAACACAUAAUUUAACUUGUGCAAACAAUGGUAGCCUGGGUAGCUCAACAUCACCAAUAGGAUUACCAGAAGGUUAUGAAAUGCGGAUUGCUCCUAAAGGUCAAGUCUACUUCCAUCAUGUACCAACAUCAAAGAGCACUUGGCAUGAUCCUAGAGUCCCUCGUGAAUUGUUAAAUCAAAAUUUUGAUCUAGAUAAAUUGGUUGGUAAACUUCCAAGUGGAUGGGAGAUACGUACUAUAUCUUCAGGUGAUCAUGAAAGAGUAUAUUUUGUGGACCACAACCGUAAAACAACUCAAUUCACAGACCCAAGACUUGUUGCCAAUCCUGAUAUACUUAAAAAAAUUUUAAGAGAACGACCUAAUCUCUGUUAUGCUAAUGUUGAAAAGACUCCGAAGCAUAGUGGAAGAUCUUCUAAUGGAGCUGAUCCUCACAUAUUCAGAGAAAGCUGCAAAAGAAAAAAUUUGGUGCAAAAGAUGGCUGGUUUAAGACAAGAACUUCAAGAAAUGCAACCUCAAACAGGACAUUGUCGCCUUGAAGUCUCCCGAAAGGACAUUUUUGAAGAUUCUUAUCGUGCUGUUAUGAAGAAGAAACCAAAAGAUUUAAUGAAACGGUUGAUUGUUACGUUUAAGGGGGAAGAAGGAUUAGAUUAUGGUGGCCUUGCCAGGGAAUGGUUAUAUUUAUUAUCGCAUGAAAUGCUAAAUCCACAGUAUGGACUUUUUCAAUAUACCCGCGAAGAUGUGUAUACCUUACAAAUCAACCGCGACUCUUCCGUUAAUCCGGAUCAUUUGACAUAUUUCCAUUUUGUAGGAAGGAUUAUUGGCAUGGCAAUUUUCCAUGGUCAUUAUAUAGACGGAGGAUUUACCUUACCAUUUUACAAAAUGCUUUUGAAUAAAUCAAUAAAUCUCGAAGAUAUUCAAGUCGUAGAUCCUGAACUAUAUAGGAGCCUCUGUUGGAUGCUUGAGAAUAAUUUGAGCGGCGUAUUGGAAACUACUUUUAGCGUUGAACAUAACUCUUUUGGUCAUUUACAAGUUCAUGAGUUGAAACCAAAUGGAAAAAACAUACCUGUUACAGAUGAGAAUAAACGUGAAUAUGUUAAGUUAUACGUUAAUUAUCGCUUUAGACGAGGUAUUGGACAACAAUUCCAUGCGUUACAGAAAGGUCUCAACGAAUUAGUGCCUACGAGUUCACUCCAAAUAUUUGAUGAAAAAGAAUUAGAGCUUGUUAUCAGUGGUUUGGGUAAUAUAGAUAUAAAUGAUUGGAAGUCAAACACUAGGCUCAAGCAUUGUACACCCGAUACACCCGUUGUUAAAUGGUUCUGGCAAGCAGUUGAAUCGUAUGCAGAAGAAAGAAGAGCUCGCCUAUUGCAAUUUGUUACCGGUAGUAGCCGAGUGCCUUUACAAGGUUUUAAAGCCCUUCAAGGAUCUACUGGAGCAUCAGGACCCAGACUAUUCACGAUCCAUCUAAUUGAAGCAAGUUCUGAUAACCUGCCCAAAGCUCAUACCUGCUUCAAUCGUAUCGAUCUACCUCCAUAUGAAACUUAUGAGAAGUUAUAUGAAAAAUUGACUCAAGCAAUAGAAGAAACGUGUGGAUUUGCUGUUGAAUGAACAACUUAAUCGUGUUUUAACAUUGGAUGAAACGUACCAUACAGAGCCAAGCAUGACGACCAAAUCAUAUUGACUUUUCAUUGACUGUCUUCAAAAUUCGUUACCAAGUUAUUCAUCCGCCUUUUGUUGAGACUGCCUUGUAUUGCAUUUCAUUCAUCUUACUCAAUUUUUGAUUUUUUAAAAAUUGAGAUGAAUCAAGACUGGUGCCUGUUGCAUUCACAUUAUUAUUGACAUUAUUAACACUAUUAUCACUAUUACUCACAUUAACCUGCUUAUGGUUACAUUAUGUUAGCUCAGUAAAUUGUGAUGAUGUGUUUGGUGAUUUUGUUUUACGCAUUUUGGUUAAAACUGUGCUUUUACAAAACAUAAUGAGUGUUUUUUUACUAUGAUUACAAUUAUCAAAAUAUCGUAACCCGUUUUUCAGUUUAUACUUAAAACUGUGGGGUUUAAACACUUGUGUAUAAAUGCAACUUAACUUAAAGACUUAUCAAGACUUAAUUAUCAUGUUAAAAAAAUCUUACCGGCUGAAACUCUAUCAUUGGAACUGCAAUUGAUUAAAUUGUAUUAUGGGUUGUGAAACAAUCACUCAUUAUGCUCUUGUAAGAGUCACAUAAAACAUAUUACGCUACCGACUUCACAUAAUACUUGCUACCAGAAAACUGUAUCUUCCUUCCCUCACCCUGUUUAAUCUGUUAUGCAAAGCACUCACUCGAAAUUUUUAUGCACUCAGCUCAUGACUUCCCAGUAACUUGGAUAAGAUGAAACAAAAAUCUGUGAUGUCUCAUGAUGAUUUUAUUGAUAUUAUUAGAAUUAUUGUGAUUAAUGUACUGGUUGUUGAAACAAACAAAACAAAGCAACAAUUUUACCUGAAGAUGCUACUUCAAAUUCUGAUCCCGAGUUAACUUCUUAAAGUAUUAUAGAUCUCUUCUUUUACCUGUCUUUCCUCUUCCAAUUAUUUCUCUCACCUUCUCUUCUUAUCAAUGUGAUUUUUCCAAAUGAUUUAUACGGAUCAUCUUUUCUCAAUUAAUCCCUGCCCUCACUUUAUUAAGUGUAUAAAUAUUAAUAAA